AUGGCAUAUGUAAUUUCGAUAUAUAUCACCCAAGAAUUUUGUUAUAAUCCUAUAUUACACCGACCUUCAAUAUUAUAUAUUCGGAAAUAUGUUCUUACUUCUAUCAUUUGUUAUUAGAACUAAAGAAAGCUGUAGAAAUUAAAUAACACAUGAAUAUUCUUCCAUUAUUAGAUUUGUAACAAACAAUUUAUUAUCAAUAUAGUUAAAAACCUUUUAUAGAUUUUCAUCACUGGUGGCCAGUGUUUGCAUUUCCUUAAAACUUAGCAAAUAUGUUGAAUGGACCUGGCCUUAAGCCUUUUGGUGGUACUGGAUGUUUCUGAGUGCUCUAGUAGGUACUUGUUUUACUUUAAUAAUUGUACUUAUAUCAAAAAUUAUUAAUGAAAUCUUCAAGCAAUAUCAGACAGUUCCUCAAGAAUGUAAAAUCUGUUUAAUUUUAGAUAAAUCUCUCCUUUGGGCUUUAUAUAUUUCAAUUAUCAGCAGCAUGUUAUCAGUAAUGUGGAUUAUUAACACUUUCAAUAAAUUAGGCCUUGAUUUACCAAUAAAGAUUGGUGAAGUUCUAUUUUAUUCAACUAUUUCUUUUAAUUUUAUUAUUUUUGGUGCCAUUACUAAAUUAUUAUGGGAUUCUAUCAUUGAUUUUUGUGUUUAUUUAUUACAAUCAUAACAAACUGAAAUUGAAUCAUAAAGGGAAUUACCUACUUGUUAAAUAAGUUAAUAGAAAUAAUAUGAAAGAAAGAAGACUAUACAAUAGAUAUUUUUAAAAAAGCUAUCAUCAGCAUUUUUUAGAUAAACAACUAAAUCAGAUUUAAUUUAAUAAUCAUAAAAAAUGACAGAAUUGAUGACUGAAAGAGGUUAAACCAAAAAAAUACUAUAAACAGUUGAAAUAGAAUCAAAAUAAUUAUAAGAAAAUAAAAAUAAAAUAAAUGAAUCUAAUUAGAAAUGUAUAAUAUGCUGUGAUAAUCCACCCAAUGCUGUUUUAAUGAUUUGUGGUCAUGGUGGAAUUUGUUAUAAAUGUGGAUUAGAAAUGGCUUAAAAAAGCAAAGAAUGUUUUUUAUGUAGACAAUAAAUACUUUUCAUUUAUGAAAUAUUAAGUUUCAAUGAUGAUCUUAUGAAAGUAGUAACAAUAACUAAAUUUAAUUACUGA